AUGAUUCAGAACAAGUUAUCUUGGCAGCAUCUUGAGGGCGUAGCUCAUAGAUUUGACUUUCUGGAUCUUCGAGUCAGCAACUGGCACUUGCUACUUCUUGGGAGUUCCUUCCUUCUUCUCAUUUACGGUAUUCUCCUAGCCAUUUAUCGCCUUGUAUUCUCCCCUCUUGCUGGUUUCCCAGGCCCUAGAAUUGCAGCAAUAAGCGGAUGGUACGAAGUGUACUACGAUGUUGUUCAAUCUGGACAAUAUUUUUAUAAGAUCAGUGACUUGCACGACAAAUAUGGUCCCAUCGUCCGAAUCAACCCAUGGGAGCUUACGAUCCGGGAUGGCGAUUUCCACAGCACGCUGUACGUGGGUGGAUCGGUGCGGCACAGCCAGAUCUUCCCUCCUUCCAGAGCCGGUGUUGGAAUUGAUGGCUCUCAUACCUCAUCCGAAGAUCAUGAUCUUCACCGCAUCAGAAGAAAGCCGCUGGAUCCUUUCUUCUCUAGAAAAGCUGUCCAGAGCUACGAGUCAAUGAUUAUCGAUGAACUCCAGCUGCUUGAUGGGCGACUACAGGGCAUGAGAGGCACGGGGAAAACUGUCAAUAUGGAGCAUGUCUAUGCUGCAGUGGCAGGUGACUUGGUUGGGAGCAUCACUCUUGUCGAUUCGCUUUCUCUUAUCAUGGAUCCUGAGUUCUCUCCUGAUUGGCAUACAACUGUCUGCAGAUUCUUUAGACAAAUCGCGGUCUUCACGCAUUUCACAUUUCUUCUGGGCUGGAUCAAGCUGAUACCCAUCUCUAUUCUGCUUCGCCUAUAUUCAGGAGCAGCUGGAUUCAAAGCGUUCCGCCAACUCGCAAUCGACAAAAUCGAGGACGCAAAGAGGACUCUUAAAUUGAGCAAAAAGGAAGGAGCAGAAGGGAGAAUGCCAGAGACACUCAUUCAGCAUCUUCUGAAGAGUGACAUGCCCGAGUCCGAUAAAGCCACUGAGCGGUUGGCGAGCGAAUUUGUUGCCAUCUUAGCUGGAGGCACUAUGUCAAUAGCUCGUGGACUUUCAACUAUCAUCUACUUCCUCCUCGCUGACGCAGAACUAGAGGCGCGCUUACGAGGGUCCCUGAAAGAGGUUAUGGGUGGCUAUCCAGAGAGGAUCCCCAAGUUGGCUGAACUGGAGAAGAUUCCGUACUUGUAUGCGUGUGUGAGGGAGGGGUUACGCAUCAGCCAUGGGACCAUGCGCCGCCUUCCUCGAGUUUUUCCAGAUGUCGACCUCCAAUUUAAGCAGUGGACAAUUCCAAAAGGCAUACCAGUUGGCAUGUCUGCAUUCAUGAUGCAUACCGAUGCCAACAUCUAUCCCGAGCCAUUCAAAUUCAAGCCCGAGCGCUGGCUUGAGGACUGCGAUCCCUUCAUGAACCGAAACUACGUCCCAUUUUCUAAAGGUUCACGAAAUUGCCCAGGAAUGAACUUGGCAUACGCUGAGAUGUACUUGGCUCUCGCGAUCAUGUUUCGUCCGAACGGGCCGAGGAUGGCUUUGUAUAAAACAGAUGAGACGGAUGUCAUUCCUGUACAUGACUAUUUCUUGGCGAUGCCAAGAGGUGAUAGUAAAGGGAUGCGAGUGACGAUUGAAGAAGCUUAGCCAGAUCAAGAAGCUGACAGGUAGUGUCAUGAUGGAAGCGGAAGGCUUUCUUACAAAUUACAUAAGAAUGGUAAGAAAGGAUCGAGGUUAUUACCAGAUCAAACGUAUCUCUAUU